GCGCAUCAAGGCAGAACCCGUUACCUUAGCUACUAGGCGUUAGCUAUUAGCGACGUUAGCUUGUUAUCGGAAUAUUUAUGGUUAUUUCGAUAACACGGGUUCAAAAAAUACAAUAUAUUUGUGAUAAAAUUCGAUUAUUUAAAUUUGUGUAUGUUUUUUUUAGUUAUUAUUUUCGGUCCCUUUACCUGGCAGCUAUGAGGCAUCCACAGGAGGACAUUUAAAAUGCUGCAUCUUCGGGCAGUUUGAAGAAAAGCAGGAUUUUAUUUUAUUUUGUUUUAUUUUUAUUUUAUUUUAUUUGUUUUUGUUUUCCUUCACAUCCAGAGAGAACAGAGCAUCAGAGGAUUUUAACCACGAUGGAGCUGAGAGGAACGUUGCUAUGGACACGGCACCAAAGGGCCUGAUUGGGCGUUGGCUUCUCAUGCUGCUCUGAGAUAAAGAAUUACAGUUAGGGUGGAGAGAGGAAAGGGGUGGAGUCAGAGAGAGAGAGAGAGAGAGAGAGAGAGAGAGAGAGAGAGAGAGAGAGAGAGAGAGAGAGAAGCAGUGGGAAAGAGGCAGGCAAGAAAUUUCUAUAUGUAUAUUUAGAAAGAGAGAGAAAGGUGAAGUAAAAACAAAAACAAAUUGAGAGGAGUUUGAGAAAAAAAAAACAAACGUGAGGCCAAGGAGGAGCAGAAGAGCAGCAUGAGAGGAAGUGUGAGUCUGUCAGCGUAGGAUUUCCUCGUCAACAUGGAAAGCCAAGCUGCGUGGAUCUGACAGGCCCAGAGGAUCAAGAGAAAGUUUUUAGUGUUCACCCAUCAUGCAAAAGCAGGCAGGGACGGCCCCCUCAUCUCGGGGUCCUAGUGCCCCUGGAUCUCCAGCCACUUCCAUUGUGGCCAGAAUGGAUAAUCAGGUGAUCGGAUAUAAGGACUUAGCAGCAAUUCCUAAAGACAAAGCCAUCCUGGAGGUGGAGAGGCCCGACUUGAUGGUGUAUGAACCUCAUUUCAACAUGUCAGCUUUGGAUCGUAUCAGUCUGUCCAGGAGCAGAGAGAGAUCGAUGUCACCUCAUUCCAUCUCUCCUCCGCCUUCCCCAGAGAUAUUUAACUCUAAAGAAAAGGAGUGGGUGGAACAUGACUCGCCUGGCGCAUCCACCGUGGGCUCGACCGUGCAGCUCCGCAAAAUAAGCACCUCAUCCAGAGGCCCCUUACAGCACUUCCACAGACCAGAUAACGGAACCAACAUCUACAGCAAGCCUCCCAUUUACAAGCAUGAAGCAUCAGCAGCAUCUCAAAAUAAGCAUAAAGAUGACGUCAUCAUCUUGUCCUCUAAGUUCCCAGCAGCCCAGCCUCCUGAUCCCAGCCAGCCGUCCAAAAUAGAGACAGAGUACUGGCCCUGUCCUCCAUCACUGGCUAGCAUGGGCCUGCACAUGCCGCAUGACUCUGUGUCUCUCCCUGUAGAGAUUGAGUGGAAGAGAAAGGCAGCAGAACAGGGCAAAGUUGUAGAGGACGACGAAUUUGAGGACCUGACUGAGGACGCAAAAAAGGUGCAGGAGCAGGAAAUGAACAAAAUUCAGUCCAACCUGGGUAAGCUGAUCUUGAAGGAGGAAAUAGAGAAAUCAGUGCACAUCCGGAGGAAAACACGCUCGCUGCCUGACAGGACACACAUGCACUUGGUUGCAUCCAGUGGUGCAUCGAAAUCUGCCACUUUACCCUCCUGCAAUCGCUCUGGCCUUUCUCGGCUGCAGUCUGCUGAAUUUGCCUCCAUAGACAGUGAAAAAGCCAGAACAGGACUUCAGAACGGAGACACUCAGAGAGGGAGAAUGGAUCGAGGAAACUCGCUGCCUAGCAUGCUGGAGCAGAAGGUUUAUCCAUAUGAAAUGCUCAUUGUAACCCACAGAGGGCGCUGUAAGCUUCCACCUGGAGUUGACAGAACCAGACUAGAGAGGCAUCUCUCUCCUGAAGAGUUCCAGAGUUUAUUCGGGAUGCCGAUCGCAGAAUUCGAUCGUCUGUCUCUGUGGAAAAGAAAUGAUCUGAAGAAAAAGGUUUCUCUUUUCUAACACAAAGGAUCUGACUAUGGACAAAAGCAUUCUCUGAUACUAACACAACUCAGACGUUUCAGGAUAAAUAAACCACACAUAAUCCACCGUUAACUCUGACACGUAUCAUACGGCUUGUGUAUAUCUAUUAUAGAUCCGUGCUCUCUGUGUGCAGUAAGUCAAAAAUACAAAAUAACAUAUCUGUAUGUUAUAAAACAGAGGUCAAAAAUCACAACCCCCUCCUCCUGAAGAUUUGCCUUCCUGUAAAGCUCCAUAUUUCCCAGAUUUUCUGUUUAGAUUGGAUGUAGGACUUUGUAUCUGGGUUUGUCCAGGAAAUCGAUUAUAUGCUAUAAAUUGGCCCCAGAUCUUCAAAAUUGGCCCCAAAGUUCAGGGAUUGGCACUGACAUGGACAGAGCGUGUAUUUAGGAUGAAUGAAUGAGAAAAGCAAGAUUGAGUUGGAGGAAUACAAUACGAUUUGAACAUAGACAAUGAGAUCAACAGUUUAGACCAGACAGUUUUUAUCACAGAAUGGCUGAGAAGUGGAGAGGGGAAAGUGGAAGAGGGUUCAUCUUCAGAAGUAGCUUUAGUGAUUGAUGAUCAAUGUAUAAUAUCAACACUUGAUACAACUCUAUAGUACAUUUACAUACAAUGAAGAAAAUGCCAUACAACUAUAACUGUACAUACAAAGAAUCUAAUUCUAAGGAAACUGCUUCAGAUCGUGUAUCGCCUUAUUACUUUUAUAUUAGUGAGAUUCUCAAAGUGCCCAGUUCAAUAUGUGUAUAUUUACACCACCUUAAUUUGUGUUCCGAUCACAAAUAUUACAAACGCAAAACCUAUUUAUUGUCACUAAAAAAAAACACACACUUGUGUCAUUGUAUAAAUAUUUAAUUUAUUUAUUCAUAGCCACGCUCAUAAAGUGAACCUCUAAUGUAACUCCAUCCUGCACAUAUAUAUCAAAACAUCUAUUUUGUAACUCAUGAAAACUGCAUGGAUAUUAUCUUAGCACGCAUUAAAUGUGCGUCUGACUACCGCUUUCGUACCAAACAUUUGUUCGGUUUAUUUUUGCCUGUUUUUUUUUAAUUUAUUUAUUUUUAUUUUUUUUAUUAUUUUUUUUACCGUUUUUAACGUCAGGGACAAAUGAUUAUUAUACCACAUAAUAUUUCACAUAUACACAAGCUAAUUAUACCAGCCUGCUUAUCUCAGAUUGAAACAUCAGGUUUCUAAGCCAGAAUCGUGAGUCCUGGUUUCGUACAGGAUAAAUAUCUGCCCCAUAUGAAGGCAGUGGCUCAAGCUGAGUUCAAAUACAAAACAAAUGCAAAACCCCACAUCCAUAUGCAAAGUAUGCAAAGAAUCAUAGAGGUUAAAUGUCAUGAAUUUGACUGUUGAAGAUCAGUUUCUUUAUCAUGUAAUAUACACACAGCACAUCAGAUAAGCACAGGCAAGAAUUUCUCUGUACUGAGGAACAAAAGAACUGAAAUUCAACUCACUGAAAGUGGCAAGUAAUGGACAUCUAAGGGCACUUGUUGAGUUUCAUGAUCAUCAACUCUUAAAUAUGUGAUUGCAUCAUGCAAAUUAAAAAUAUACAAACAUUUCAAAUCAACACGUACUUACUCUGGAAUGUUGUUUGUAUCCAUUCAGCAUUAGACUCAUGGAAAACCAUAAAAAAAAACCUGUUAAACAGAUAUAUUUAAAAAUAGUUUUGAUUGAAAUAUAUGAAAGAAAGAGUCUUGGUUGUAGUCCAAAUUAUGAUAAUGUUCAGUACAUGAUCAUGAGUGUGAUAUUGUGCUUUUGUACAGCAGUUCUAUUAAUAAAAUUUCAUUUAGAGAAAUGACAAUUCAGGCACAGUGAGGCCAAGCAAAGAAGCCAUAGCUGGUACAGUGUUGUUGUAUGUUGCCAUGCCAACGCACAGAUUAGCUCACAACCAGAAGUGCAUGGAGUAACAGGUUCAGUGUAGAAAACUAUUGCUUUAUGUGGUGAACACAGACAAGUAGAGUAAUACAAAUGAUGAAAUGUACCAGUGCCGUGCUAAAUAUCAGCACUGUUAUACAAUGAAAUCGAGCACGUGCCCUUAGAAAUUCAUUAUUUAACUUAAACAUGUUUUCAUAUUUUUUUUUUACUCAAAUAAUCAAAAUGGUUGCAAUUGCUGAGAAGAAGAAAAAAUCAUCUCAGUUGGGAGAGUUUUUGUUUUUAAUUGGAAUUUACUGGAGUAAUUCGUUAAUACAGUUGAAAUCAAAUUUGAUGAAAUACAUUCAAGUUUUCCGAUUUGUGGAAUAAACUUCAAUUCACUCCAACUUCAAUUACUAAUUAAAAAAAGGAAUCUGAAAUUAUUAUCGGCUUAAGGCGACGGUGACGUCACAACACCGCACAGAAUGAAAGUUGGUAAUAGCAUGUGAUUUGAAAAAUUGUGAGUAAGGCGAGAUCAGGAGAUUUAGAUUUGUUUCUGUUGAGGGGUUUUACAAAACAGAUCAGUAUCAAGUUAAAAUAAUGAAUUUUUUUUUUUAAUAAAAGGAGAGAUAAAGCGAAUCGAAGAGAUUUAAUUUCUGUAUUGUGCUUACGAUUCUGGUAAGACUUUUCUGAUGUCUGUUUCAUCAUAAAAUCUUUUGGACUUUUAUUAGAAUGUAACAGCUACAGUUUAUAUUUUGUGUGAUGUAGUUAACAUCACCGGUCCUACGUUGGCUGCUGGUAAACAUCAUGUACUGCACGCUUUAUACCCACGUGAUGAUCCACAAAAUGUUUCUGUUCACAGCUUUAUGCGUGUAUCAUGGUCAUUUUAUUGUCAGCUCCAUAAAUAUGUGUACAAAACAAAUAAAAUCAUUGUGUCUGUUCA